AUGGCGUCCCUCACGGAUUUGUCUUCGCAUGAGCGAACUCGAGUCGAAGAUUAUUUAAAUGACAAGAUCCAGGUUUCUGCCGAUCUAGAGAGUUUAGACUCGUUGCUAUCCAGUCUACGCGCGCAACAGGAGCUUCAGCGGAAGCAGUUAGCAGAAGCCAGUGAAGCACUUUCGAAUGCGACAAAGGCCUCUAAUGACCAUGCCGAAGCAACUCGAAAGCAAGCCGAAGCAUUCACGGCGGAGCAAGCGGACAUCGACCGACGGCUGAGGGCUAUCACACAAUCUGAAACUAGCGAUGAGGCGGUACGGAGUCUGGAAAAGAGCAUGGAAAAACUCCAGCGACUUGAGUUAUCCAAGGGAUAUGUGGAGCUGCUCAAGGAAGCCGAAGAACUGAGCAAGAAAGCUUUGGAAUACAUCUCAUCCGAGCCACGAGCUGCUUUGAAGCCGUACUCUCGACUCCGAACCAUCGUCGGGCUGCUGAAAGAUGCCCAGCCUGCUGCUGAGGGAGCGGCCCCCCAUCUUGUCGACUAUGUGGACAAACUAGCGUCUGCAUUGAAGCAACAGAUGAAGAAGUACUUCGGUGAUCGCUUGCAGAAGACCUUGGAAGAGUUGAAAUGGCCAACACGACAGCUGAACAUCACCGACCAGCUCUUAGCUCGAUGGAGGCAAGAUGUUGAACUGUUGAUCGACCUGCAAUUACCUGAGCUCCAAAGUCGUGAUGCACUGGCUUCUGGCGUGAGCCUCGAGCCACAAGUGUUGUUCCCAUUAGAGGUCAUGGUGCAUACUUUGGAUCUUCGAUUCAAAUAUCACUUCAGUGGCGACAAGCCAACAAACAGACUCGACAAGCCCGAAUAUUUCCUCUCGCAUAUGAUGGAUCUUAUCAACCAACACGGCGGGUUUUUCGUGUCUUAUCUGCAGCCCAUCUUUGACGAAAGAGCCGAAACAGUCGGAUCAAGCCUGGAAUGGAACUUCUACAACGCAUCGCAUAGUUUCAUUACUGCAUUGCUCCCGAUGCUGAUACAAAAGAUCACCUUGUUUCUUCCUCAAAUCGCGAACUAUCCCCAAUUGCUCAGCCAUUCCAUUCAUGAACUGAUGAAGUUCGAUAAUGAGAUCCGAGAGACAUGGAACUACAUGCCAGAUCCAUAUGCGGAUGAAAAUUGGAAGGGUAUAACCUGGGAGGUAUUGUCCAAACAAGGCUGGUAUGAUCGAUGGCUUCAGGUCGAGAAGGACUUCGCUUUGGCACGUUACAAAGAUAUUAUCGACACCGCGGACAGCGGAGAAAUUGAUUAUGAUGGCAUGGAGGUCACAGCAACGAAACCAACAAAGGCUGCGAUCCGCGUGAACGAUCUUCUUGAAACCAUCACCGAGCGUUACCAGCCUCUAUCGUCUUUUAGCCAGAAGCUGCGGUUUCUCAUUGACAUUCAAAUCACAAUCUUCGACCAGUUCCACGAUCGUCUUUACUCUGCAUUAGAAGCCUACGUCGCGAUGACGUCGACAAUUGGACGCACUGUACAGGGAGCUGAUGGGCAAGCCAGCGUGGAGGGUGUUGCGGGGUUGGAGCGGCUUUGCAGGGUCUUCGGAAGCGCCGAGUAUCUCGAAAAGAAGAUGGAGGAUUGGAGCAACGAUGUAUUCUUCGUUGAGCUUUGGUCUGAGCUUCAAGACCGGGUUCGGCAGAAUCGAGAUGGCGGCCGGAACGUGGCUGGCACUAUGUCAGUUGCAGAGGUAGCCUCACGCACCUCGCCCUGUGUCAACGGUACCUAUGGCGCGGCCUCAUCUGAUGGCGCUCUCUUCGACGAGACGGCAUCCGCCUACCGUCGCCUCCGACUCCGCUCGGAGACUAUCAUCAUAUCCACGCUUUCCUCCAAUAUUCUCGCCGCUUUGAAACCCUACUCUAAAGUAUCCACCUGGGCGUCGUUGUCAACACCUUCUGCUACGUUGUCUCCUCUCUCACCCACUCCUGAUCUCGCUCAUGCAAUGCGUACACUCUCCACCCAGCUCUCUUUCCUCUCUCGUGCACUGGGAACUGCGCCUCUCCGGCGGGUCUCACGCCAGCUCCUGCUGUCUGUCCAGGGCUAUAUCUGGGACAGUGUCCUGACUAAACAUAUCUUUUCGGAGACUGGAGCUGCUCAGCUUGCUAGUGAUGUCGAUCACCUCUGCUACGUUGUGGAUUCUGCGCUUGGGGCUUCUAGUCCCGAGGGUAUUUCAAUGCAAACCAUCAAAAAGCUUAGCGAAGGAUUACGUAUACUUUGCUUGAGUACCGCAGAACAAGAAGAGGACGGCCCUGCAAAAGAAGAUCCACCUUUAAGGCUAUGGGAUGUGGAAAAGCGUUUGUUUAGGGACAACGAAAGCGCACGAAGUGUGCUCGCUGAAUUGGAAAUCGAGUCUUUAUCGGAAGCCGAGGCUCGGUCUGUAUUGGAACGCAGGGCUGAGAUUGGCAAUUGA